CUCCAGAAAAAGCUUCCAACUCAAACCAGCAGCAAAGAAGAAGAAAUGUCCCCAUUGCGCAUGCGUACACCACGUACACCGAUGCUGAUCAGAGCUGCUGGUCUUCUUGGCUGCUGGCUAAGCUAACGUUGUCUGUCACAGUCGCACACAUUGGGGCUUAGCAGGGGGAGGAAGGAGAAGAAGAAGAAGAAGAAGGGCCACAAGACCCACAAGCCGCCUGCUACGACAAUGGCCGGGCAGCAGUUCCAGUACGAUGACAGCGGCAACACCUUCUUCUAUUUCCUCACGUCCUUCGUGGGACUUAUUGUGAUCCCGGCCACAUAUUACCUCUGGCCCCGGGAUCAGAAUGCUGAACAACUGCGUCUGAAGAGCCUGAGGAGGGUACAUGGCAGGUGUCUGUGGUACCGGCUCAGGCUGAUGAAGUCACAGCAGAGCAUUGUCCCAACACUAAAGAAAGCAGCCUUGUUAUUUGGCUGGGCUGUGUUCCUGCUACUAGCCUACAAGGUGUCCAAGCUGGACAGAGAGUACCAGGAGUAUAAUCCAUAUGAAGUCCUCAACUUGGACCCGGGUGCAUCACUGUCAGAAAUCAAGAAGCAAUACCGUGUACUGUCGCUCAAGUACCAUCCCGACAAAGGUGGAGAUGAGGCCACAUUCAUGAGAAUUGCCAAAGCCUAUGCUGCUCUGACCAAUGAACAAUCGCGACAAAACUGGGAAAUAUACGGUAACCCGGAUGGUCCGGGAGCCACCAGCUUUGGUAUUGCCCUGCCAGCCUGGAUUGUUGACCAGAAGAACUCAAUGCUGGUGCUGCUGGUUUAUGGACUAGCCUUUAUGGUCAUCCUUCCUGUUGUUGUGGGCACAUGGUGGUACCGCUCCAUCCGAUACAGCGGAGACCAGAUCCUCAUCAACACCACCCAGCUCUUCAUGCAUUUCAUGUACAAGACGCCCAACAUGAACAUGAAGCGGUUAGCCAUGGUGUUGACAGCAGCGUUCGAGUUUGACCCUCGCAGCAAUAAAGACGCCACCAUACGACCAACAGACAACAUCGAAGUGCCACAGUUGAUCCGCGAGUUGGGGAAUAUCAACGUGAAGAAGAAGGAGCCUCCAUUCUGCUAUCCUUACAGUUUGAAGGCCAGGGUCUUAGUGCUUGCCCACCUGGCACGCAUGGAUGUAUCAGAAGAGUUGGAGGAAGAUCAGAGGUUUGUGGUGAGGAAGAGUCCAGCUCUCCUCCAGGAGAUGAUCAACGUGGGCUGUCAGCUCACCAUGAUGGCCAACAGCAGAGGAGGUUUCCAUGCUCCUCGACUGGUAACCAUAGAGAACUGUAUGAAGCUGACCCAAAUGAUAGUGCAGGGUCUGCAGGAGUCAAAGUCACCACUGUUACAGCUGCCCCACUUUGAGGAGGAGCACCUUCGCUACUGCGUCUCUAAGAAGUAUAAAGUUCGGAGCCUCCAGGACCUGGUGAGUCUCAAGGACUCCGACAGACGCAGCAUGCUGCGUUUCCUGGGGGAGGAGAAGUACGAUGAGGUCAUAUCUGUGCUGGGCAGCUUCCCUCACAUCGCCAUGGACACCAAACUGCAGGUCCUUGAUGAUGAAGACAGCAAUAACAUCACAGCAGGCUCUAUUGUCACAGUAACGGUCACCUUAACCAGAAAACGGAUGCAGGAGGUGUUUGAAAAAGAGCAGGAUUCAUUACCGUGUCUAACAGAGGAGUCUGCCACUACAGAGGAAGCGCAGGGCGACACGAGUAAAACCAAAACAAAAGUUUGGCAGAACAAGAGUAAAGCGACUAAGAAGACAGCCAAGUCCAAGAAGAAAAAAUUAACCAAGAAGAAGGCCACUCCUGCGCCUGCUAAAGCCAAGCAGGCCAACGGCAACGUGGCAGGAAAUGAAAUCGUAGCAGCACCAGCAGUAGCUGCAGUCGUGAAGGAGGAGGAGGAGGAGGCCUCAGACAAGGGCAGCGAGUCGGAAGAGGGCGAAGCCACCAAGGACUCUCCCAGCGAGAGAGACGAAGACAGCGACAAACAAAGCGACACGGAGGUGGACGAGAUGGCUGGCGACGAUGAAGAGGAGUGGGAGGCGUUGCAGCAAAGCAUCCAGCGGCGAGAGCGGGCUCUGCUAGAGACCAAGUCAAAGGUGACGCACCCCGUCUACAGCAUCUACUUCCCCGAGGAGAAGCACGAGUGGUGGUGGCUCUACAUCGCCGACCGCAGAGAUCAGACCCUCGUCUCCAUGCCCUACCACGUCUGCACGCUAAAAGACACAGAAGAGGUGGAGCUGAAGUUUCCAGCCCCCUCUAAAACAGGCAACUACCAAUAUUCUGUCAUCCUCCGUUCCGAUUCCUACCUGGGACUGGACCAGAUCAAACCACUCAAGCUGGAGGUCCACGAGGCCAAGGCCAUGCUGGACAACCACCCGCAGUGGGACAUCCCCGACACGGAGGAGGAGGACGAGGAGCAGGAGGACAGCGACGGCAUCGAGGAGAGCGAAGACGACGACGAGGACAACGACUGAACGCGGAUACACACACACACACACGCUCGCUCAGCCCCCUCCAUGGACUGGCCACCCACCCACUCCUGACCCCACAACAGCACUCAAGAGCAGUGAACGAGGGGCAGCAAAGCUGUGCCCGCCACACACACACACACACACACACACACACACACACACACACACCAAACACACACAGAAUCACUGGGGACAGUUUCUACACACAGAGCCCUCCUUCUUCUCCUCCAUUUUAUCUUUACAUGGACUGUGACCCCGCCCCCCUCCCAUUUCCCCCUUUUCUACAGAGACUUGUUCGUUCACUUUCCGUCGCUGGGCGGAAGAGAAUUCUGUGAAUACUUUACCCAGGCCCAGGUGUGUGUGAGUGGGUGUGCACGUAAGAGUGCGAGUGGAUGGUGCGUGUGUUUGUAACAAUGUAUGUGUUUGUACAGGUAUGAAAGAUUGACACACUGUGGACUGGAGGACCUAUUAUCUGGGCUCUUUUCUUCUUUUUUCUCGAGGGGUGGAGAGGGGGGGGAUGUAUAACAGCUAAUUCCGUUUGCAAAAUUAACAAAAAACCUCCGUAUGGAAAAUCGUGACAUCGCUCUCGCUCCUAAUUUAAAAAAAUAAAUCACUCGGCACCGAUGUUUUCCACACCAAUGAUACUUUCUAUUGUACACUUAAAACUGCAGACGUGUGAGCUUUAGCCCUAUUCGUCGGGGGAUAACACAUAAACCAUAAGGACGUUUGCUCCUUUCAGCGCAUGGGGGGCACAGUUGAGUCUUGUCAGGUUUUUUUUUUUUUUUUAUUUUAUUUUCCGCUGUCAAACCAGCCAGUCACUUGUAUGUACUUGUACUCACUGUAUGUUUAAGGAGAUGUCUAUACAGGUAGACACUGUCAAACUGUUUUUUCUGAAAGAGGUCGAAAGCAGGUGGAUCUUGAAAUGAAUUGACCUCACGUAUAAUGGGGGGAAAAUGGCAAAACUUGCAGUGUUAAGAUUUGUUUGAAUUAUUGAGUACUCUUCUUGUCCAUAUACUACAUACAAGUUUUGAGUUUUCAGUCUUUUUAAGGGGCUCAGAUACUGAUAUAUAUAUAUAUAGAUAUACAUACUUGUGGCUUUUCAGAGAAGUGACUUCCUUUUCUCUUCAUCCUUUUUUUUUUUUUUUUCCUUUUACAAUUGUAGCACAUUCCAGUGUAUACUCGGUGUCCGAAAAGGCCUUAUGAAUACAACUGAAAUACCACAACGUUACAAGUCCUUGGGUGCUAUGCAUCAGUGGUUUCUUGGGAGAGCAGAGGAAAAAAAAGUUUCUUUUGUGUUUUGUAACAGUUUUUUCUUUUGUUUUUAAGUUAGUGUCUCCAUAGUAACCUAUAGCUCCUGAGUCAUGGAGUACAUAUCACUGAUCUCUGAUCUGAAGAGGAUUAGCAGUCGUACGUGACAUAUGACCGGCCCUGCGUUAAAGGGAUCGGAGUAUGAGGUCCCUGACACGCAACGCACUCAUGAUCUGAAAAGUGUCUCAAACAAAAAAACCUGUUGAAAGUAACUUUUAGUGUAAGACUUGGCAUAUUCUGUCCAGCACCUUUAGUCAGAAUGACCUCUGUUUUGAAAUUACAACUGCCAUUUCAGAUGGAGUUUUUUUCCCCUACCACAUCUCCUCAAGGAUUUUCGUUUCAAUUUUUCUGUUUGAGGAAUACAGAGCAGUUGUGGCUAACAAAGAGGAACCCACUUUCAUUUAAAAUUAGUUUUUGUUGUUGUUAUAUUAUAACAAAUGUAACUCAUUGUCUUGUUUUGUUCCAAUCUAACCUUGUUUUUUUGGGGUUUUUUUUACAUCUGUUAGACUCAUGAGUGCAAAAAAGAAAAAGAAAAUCAGAGCUUCCUCGUGUAGCUCUGCGGGCUCUCACUGUAUGUCGACGACUUGACAGUGUUUAACAGAAAUGACUAAUCUUUCAUCAUGACUUUCCACACUUAGUUAAAAGUUUCUACUGGUAUAUACUAGUGUGUUAUGUUAGUGCAGGAGAGGGAUAAAGGUAUGAAUAUCUCUGGGCACGCUCUCUCUCGACACACUCGACACAAAACUCACAUGCGCUCACUCUUCCCUCCCGUAAUUGCGUUCAAAGCCGGUUAACAUUGUACUCUGAGUAUUUAUCGCUCUGCAAUAGAAUGUAGCAUCAGUGAUUUACGCUGUGUGGAGAAAAAAAACAAAAAACACUGCAGUGAGGUUAAAUACGACACCAUCUCUUCCCAUGACAGACCUUGUCCAGGCGACUGGCCGGCAGGCCGCCUCAGUUUGGACAAACUACCCCCAAUGACUAUCUAUCUGCCACUUUUGUUUACAAAGGAACUGUCAUUGUAAAUGGAAAAAUAUAUUAUUUGUAUUUAAAAUCAUUUCAAAUAAAAACUUUUAAAUGA